CUGCCUGUCUGUCUGUCUCUCUGUCUGUCUGUCUGCGGGGCAGGGUCUGGCGCCGGGUGAUGACGCGCAGGCGCCGGCACCGGGCAGCAAAGAUCGACAUCUGUCAUCCGUCCGCCAUCACCAGGCCCCACAACUAAAGAUCCUAUAGCGGAGCUCUAUGAUCUUUGCCCACAACUAGCGGCCGCCAACACAGUCAGCAGCUUUUUCAAUCGCGAAUAACAUUCAAAUCCCUCCUCUUCCUUUCUCCACCACCUUGCUUGAACCACGUGGCGACUCUGCUCGCUUUCCCGCCCGUAGAUCAACGUCUUCCAGUUCAGAAUGGAUGCCCCGAGUCUCGCUGCAAAGGAUAAGUAUUUACAGAGUUUGGGGAGCAAAGUAUGUGCCCGACAGAACCAGGAGCCGCGUAAACAGAAGUUCGUUUUCAAAAGAGAAGGAUCUGCAAACACAACGCAAACCAAAAAGAAGAAAAAGGAGAGAAAAAAGCAGCCUUCUAAGGAGAUAAAAGUCUUUCCGGCGGUAAAAAGGGAUCAACCUAAAACUGUUGAAGGCGAAACAAAACAGAACAAAAACCACCAAAGUCCCAGAGUCAGCAGAGUGGACACAAAUUCUUUUUCAACAGUAAAUCUUCUGCGGCAGCGAUUGCAUGAAAAAAUUCAAGAAAGCCAGGGGCAGGGCAACCAAAACGGCUUGUUGCCUGAAGAGCGAGAGAGGAAACGUCUGCGCAGAAAGCAGGAGAAGGAAAGGAAGAAACGAAAACGGAAGGAAUGGCGAAUGAAGAAGCAGGAGGAGAGCACUGUUCAGGAGAGCGAAGCAGUUACAACUCAAGAAGAAGAGAAAAAAGACAAAUUGGAGCAAGUGGAAACUCAAAUACUCUUCAACAAAGUGAAUGUGACAGCCGAGGCAAUUAUAGACAAGAAACUAAAGAAGAAAGAGAAACGGAAAAGCAUUAAAGGUGGCAUUACACCUUUGACUGGCAGAAACUACAAACAACUUUUGUCUAGGCUGGAAGCCCAUAAGAAUAAGAUUGAAGAAUUAAAAAGCAAGGAUGAAAAUAAAGCAAUGGAAGUAGAAGCAAAAAUGAAGUGGACCAAUGUUCUGUACAAAGCAGAAGGUCUGAAAAUUAAGGAUAACGAGGAACUGUUAAAGGCUUCUUUAAAAAGAAAGGAGAAAAUGAAGUCCCAGCGGCAAAAGCGUUGGGAGAAACGAACAGAGCAUGUCGUCGAGAAGAUGCAGCAUCGGCAAGAAAAGAGGAAAACAAAUUUAAAGAAAAAGAAAGAUGCUGCAAUAGAGCGAAGGAAAAACAAGGCAAGAAAGAAGGGACGUAUACUUCCUGAAGAUUUGAAGAAAGCAAAUCUUUGAAUGUAAUAAAUGAAUUUUAAUGUGCCCAGACACACAGGCAGUGCAGUAUGCUACUACCACCGUGUUUCAAAUUUAGUAUAAAACCUCGACGAAUUGCAAACGGUGUAAUGUUUACACUAGCGACUUUCUUUAACAAUUUCACUUUAUGAAAGGCAGGACUCAAUGCUGCUUGAUCAUUUCUGAACACCUGUUUUUAUUGACUUCAAAAAGUUCUAACGCCAUUGGUUCAUUCAGUCACUUUGGAUCCUGCCCUGUUAAAUGUCGUAUCAAUGCCUGCUAUUGAAGUUCAUGCAUAAGCCACAAUCGCACUCCAAUAAUAAGAGACGAUAUUUUAUGGGGUGAGCAGAACAAUUGAAAACUAACAUCUUACUGCCAUGGUUGAGGCUAAUCCUGCCUUUAAUUCCAACCCCUCCCCCCCCCCGAUUUAUUCAUUGAGUAAAUAUACUGAUUCUUGCUCACUGUGACAGACUCGGUUGAUAAAUUAUAAUUGUUUGCCAGAAGUGAAUACUAAGUCGAUACAUUGAAGAUUUGCUGAUUUUAAAUGUGUUUUGUAUCUUGCCUAAAAGCUAAAUAAAUUUUCUAAUGCUGUUUAUAA